AUGAGUAAAGCCAAUCAUUAUUUAUGUCAAAAGAGGGCAGCGAUCAGAUGGAUCGAGUUGGUGCUCGAAAUGCAAUUGCCAGAGACAGAUUUCAUAGAGACUCUGGCAGAUGGUGUAUUGCUGUGUCGUGUCAUUCAAACGAUCAGUCCAACACUGAUGCCACGUAUCUCCAUACCGGAACCAAACGCACCACGCCGAACCGUACUCUUUAAGAACAGCGAAAAUAUAUCAUUCUUUUUACAGGCUUCCGCUGAUAUGGGUGUGCCUCGUCACAAGAGAUUUGCGCUGGCCGACCUCCAGAAUACAAAUCCAAGCUACACCAACAUCCGACGUAUCAUCGAAUGUCUUGAAUCCAUUUGUAAAAUUGCCAAUUCAGAUUCACAAUAUGAAUUCAUGGUUGAAUGGCCAGUUUUGGAUCCAAGCAAAGUCAAUUUCCGAGACAAUGAAGUGGAGGAAGCUGAAAAGUUGUUGGCACAGUUCACCAUACGUGAAACCAAGCGACAAGAAGUCAUCAAGAAGAGUCAGAAUCAGACAACCGACUUUUCAGUGGCUGCAACCAAGAACCAACUGUUUCAGCAUGUCGCCGAUCAGAAAAAGAUGUAUCCCGAUAACUCACCAAAGGUAAACGAUCACAUCAAUCACAAUCAUCAUCAUCAUAAUAACAACAACAACAACAACAUAGAUACUACUUCUAAUUUUACAAGCGACAAUAACAACAAUCACAAUCACACUAGCGAUAAUAAUCUAAUCAAUAAUAUUAGUAAUCUUGAGAAUAAUAAUUAUAAACACAACAGACCACAUUCAAAAUCAUUCUUUAUACCAUCUUCAAAUGUUAGAAGAUAUAAUGGCACUAGCACUACUACUACUACUACUUCUCCAACAACUACGAAUAAUAAUAAUAGUGAUGCAACAUCAACAACAGCAACAACAACAGUCAGUAAUACACCAAAUAACUUUAGAGAUAUUUUAAAUAAGUGGAAAUCAUCGGCGUUAUCUUCUUCUUCUACUUCACUCUCUAGACAAACACUACCGGUUAAUGGAGUUGUACAGCAUGCUGCUAAACUUUCAAGUCGAUCGAAUACAUCGAACAGUCUAUCGAGUACAAACUCAAGCUCGUCAACUCCACAGCUAUCACAGACCCAGACACAAAACUCUACACCUACAUCGGGAACACCUACAAUACCAACAACACCAAUAAGUUCAUCGCCAUCAAUCCAAUCCGUUUCAUCCGUAUCAACAACACCAUCAAUGAUAUCUAUUCCUCAACAUCAACAGCCAACGCAACAACAAGUAAAACAAGAACAACAACAAACAACCAAGAGCGAGCAACAACCAGCAAUACAAAAACCAACAGAAAUACAAGAACAACCAACACAACAGGUACAAAGUCAAACUCCAACUACACAACAAAUAUCAUCACCUAUACUAUUAGGAAUAGAUAACAACAAUAACAACAACGAUAAUAAUAAUAGUAAUAAUAAUAAUAAUAAUAAUAAUAAUAAUAAUAAUAAUAAUAAUAAUAAUAAUGACAAUACUAACGAUAAACCAAAAGAACAAUUUGCAAGCAUUUCAUUCUUUGAACCAUGCUAUACUGUGAGAGUAUCAAGUCGUGCUUCACUUGUCAGGCCAAUAACAUCCCAAACAUUUGUUGAUCAAGCUCAUUUUAUAAACAAUAACAAUAAUAAUAUAACUAACAGUGGUAGUAGUGGAAGUAAUUCACCAUCUAUUAACAGUAACAAUAACGCCCUCAACAAGGAGGUUGACAAUCAACCUUUAGUAUUACAAAAUCAUGUUUUAAAGAAUAGAGUUAGAAGUUUUAGUAGUAGUGUAGUGCCAUCUAGUAGUACUUUUAAUAAUGACAAUAACAAUAAUAAUAAUAAUAAUAACUUUAAUAAUAACAAUAGUUCAAAUAAUGAAAAUGAUAAUAAUAUAUCUACGACUUCUUUUACUAAUCAACACUCUAAUAUACUACAACAACAACAGAGAUCAACUUUGGGCUCACCUGUAAAAUCAACAUCCUCUACUUCCAGUAGUCCAAUACCUGGCUCACCACUCACCACUUCAGCGGUAGUUCACAACAACACCAACAACACUGCUGAUACAACAACAACACCAACAAUAACCAAGCCUGACACUGUAAAAUUAGAACAACCACUGACUACUAGCACAACAACCACCACCACAACUACAACUACUACUGCGUCCACUCCAACUGCACCUGUUGCCACCACCAAAAUUGUAGAAUCAACACCAACAUCAACAACACCGGCACCAACAUCAUCAGCUGUAUCAACACCAACACUUGGCGAAGCCACCAACAAAGACGAACAAAAGAGAUCGUCGCUCGAGAUCAGAGCUGCCAUUAGAAUUCAAAGAGCUACAAGAAGAUGGUUAGAGAGAAAUCGUCAAAGAAUUAGAGAACGUGACAAUGCCUACAGAGAAAGAAUUGCACAGGAGAUGGCAAAGACUGAGACUGAAUAUUUGAAUCGUUUAGUAUUCUUAAGAGAUAAUAUAUUAAAAGAUUUAAGAGAAGCAAUUAGAAAAGGUCAACCAAUUAUAUCGGAUGAAGAAAUCAGAGCUAUCUUUAGUGAGUUGGAGAGUAUCAUUUUGACUAACAUGCAGAUUCAAGAUAUGUUACAGGCAAGACUACAGUCAUGGUCGACUGAAACUCUUAUCGGUGAUAUCUUUGUCAAGUUUAGCUCGUUCUUGAAGAUCUACUCGCAAUACUCUAUCAACUACGAAGUCUCGAUGGAGGUAUUGAAUGAAUGUAAGAAACAACCGAAAUUCAAAUCCUAUCUCAACAAGAUCAAAGAUAAGAACGAAGAGAUUAAACUGCGUGGUUUAGAAGACUAUCUAAUUAGACCAAUUCAAAGAAUACCUAGAUACAGUCUUUUGUUAAAAGAUAUGAUUAGUCAUACUUGGCCAACACAUCCAGAUUAUCAAUCGUUGGAGAAAGCAUAUGUAUCGAUGAAUACAGUUGCCGAGAAGAUGAAUCAAGCAAAGAUCUCUGCAGAGAAUAGAAUGAAACUAGCCGAUAUUCAAGAGAAGUUGGAUGCUGAGCCAUCCAGUACUGUGUCGGUUGUCAAGGCACACAGAAGAUUCGUCAAGGAAGGUGAGUUCUACGAGGUGAUGACCAAGUCAAAGAAGUCACCGCUGGUUCUCUACUUGUUCAAUGAUAUCCUCGCGGUGACACGUCCAUCGAAAUCCGGUUCGUUCUUUGGCAAGACCAAGACGAUUCGUCUGCAGUUCGAGUCGAGCUACAGUCUUCACAAACUGAGAAUCCGAACACUCGAAGACACCAACAGCUGCACCAACGCACUGAAGAUCUCGACAUCCAGUGAAGAUGGCAUCGUUAUCUGUGCGUACAGCAGUGAGAUCAGAGACGAAUGGGUUGCCGCUAUUCUCGCUGAGAAACGUGAGGCCGAGAAGGCAGAGAAAGAGCAAGAAGAGCGUAUCACAUCCAAGGUCAUCGAGAAGGUUGCCGACACCAAGUUGAAAUUGGAACAACAGUUUGCACAGAGAACAUCCGGUCAGUACUCGCCAUCCGAUGUUGAGGCUGCCGGCAAUGCAAUGGGUGGUGACACUCUCAGUGGUAGCAAUGGCAGCUCCAGUGGCAGCAGUGGUGAUCUCGGUAUCAAAUCCGGUAAGAUGUCACUCAGAGAGAAGAGAAUGAAACUCGUCCAAGAAUCAAGAAACAACAGAAUGUCAUCAAGUAUUGAAUUUUUAGAAUUUGGAAGUAAUCCAUUCUCGAUUAUAAUAUCUCUACCAAUAAGAUAUGUUAAGUCCUUUGGGAAUACAUUCACAUGUAGAGGUCUAUUCAAAAUACAAGAUAUAAGAGAUGGUGGUAGUAGUUUAUUAGAUAUGGAUCAAUUAAUUCCUGUUAUCAAUAAAUUACAAGAUGUUUUCAAUACAUUGGGAUCGGACCCAUUGGAUCUACCACAGAUUGUAGUGGUCGGUAGUCAAUCGUCUGGUAAGAGUUCAGUAUUAGAGAAUAUCGUUGGUAGAGACUUCCUUCCAAGAGGUUCAGGUAUUGUCACCAGAAGACCUUUGAUUCUUCAAUUGACUCAUUUGCCACUUGCUGAUGAUGGUGUUCCAACACAAGAAUGGGGAGAGUUCUUACAUAGACCAAAUGAUAUGUUUUAUGAUUUUGCAGAGAUUAGAGAAGAGAUUAUUAAGGACACUGACAGAUUGACAGGUAAAAAUAAGGGUAUCUCUGCUCAACCGAUCAACUUGAAGAUCUACUCGCCACAUGUCGUCAAUUUGACUUUGGUCGAUUUACCAGGUAUCACCAAGGUACCGGUCGGAGAUCAACCAACAGAUAUCGAAGUGCAAAUCCGUAGAAUGAUUAUGGCAUACAUUAAGAAACCAAACGCUAUUAUAUUGGCUGUCACCCCAGCCAACACUGAUCUUGCCAACUCGGACGCUCUCCAGUUGGCGCGUGAAGUCGACCCCGAUGGUAAGCGUACCAUUGGUGUCAUUACAAAGUUGGAUCUCAUGGACAAGGGUACCGACGCUAUGGACGUACUCACUGGUCGUGUCAUCCCUCUCACUCUCGGAUUCGUCGGUGUAAUCAAUCGUAGUCAGGAGGACAUCAUCUCAAAGAAAUCGAUCAGAGAGUCACUCAAGAGCGAAGUCCUCUACUUUAAGAAUCAUCCAAUCUACAAGUCGAUCGCCAAUCGCUCGGGAACAGCAUAUCUCUCAAAGACUUUGAACAAACUCUUGAUGUUCCACAUCCGUGAUUGCUUGCCAGAGUUGAAGAUCAAGGUUAGCAAGAUGCUCAGUGAGAUGCAGACAGAGCUCUCCUCGUACGGUGAUCCACUCUACGACACCAAGAACAGUCAGGGUGCUCUACUACUUCAGAUCAUCACCAUCUUCUCGUCCAACUACAGAGACGCCAUCGACGGUAAGCUCACUGAACUUUCCACCAACGAGUUGUGUGGUGGUGCUCGUAUCAGCUAUAUCUUUGACAACAUCUUUGCCUCGUGUCUCAACGGUAUCGACCCAAUGGACGGUAUUUCACUCAACGACAUUAGAACCGCCAUGAAAAACGCAACCGGUCCACGUGCCGCCCUCUUCAUCCCUGAGGCAUCGUUUGAAAUGUUGGUCAAGAAGCAAGUCGGUCGUCUUGAAGAACCAUCGUCACAGUGUGUCGAGUUGGUCUACGACGAGUUGCAGCGUAUCAUCAGUCAGUUGGAGGCAAAGGAGUUGUCAAGAUUCCAAAACCUAAAGUCGCGUGUCAUUGAGGUAGUCAACAACUUGCUUCAGAAACAUAGAUCGCCAACCAAGACAAUGAUUGAACAUCUCAUCAAGAUCGAGUUGGCCUACAUCAACACUUCACAUCCAGAUUUCGUUGGUGGUGACGGUAUCUUCCAAUCGCUCAUUGAGAAGAAACAAAAACAACAGGAAGCAGCCAUGCAACAACAACAACAACACCAACAACAAUCGAACCAACAACAGCAAUCCAACCAACAAGGUUCCAAUCCACCAGUCUGGUUGCCACAAACCCAAUCAAAGCCAGGCUACCCAAAUAUUCCACCACCAUCGAACGUCAAGCCACCACCCAACUUCAACCAACAAGUCCCACAACAACAACAACAACAACAACAACAAAAGUCAGCACCAAACAAAUCACAAAACGAGUCGGGUUACUUCUCAUCGUUCUUCAGAGGUGCCUCACCAGAUCCAAACUCUGCACAACAGAGCAAUGGACAAUCACAAAACCAACAAAAUUCAAACAACUUGUUCCCACCAUACACCCCACACAAAUCAUCGUCCAACUACAAUGACUACCAUAGCAACAAGUUGUCGCAGGUUCCAUCGGUGAUCAAGGCAAGCGAGGACCUCUCCAACAGAGAGCAAUUCGAGACAGAGUUGAUUCGUGAAUUGUUGUUAUCAUAUUUCAAUAUUGUAAAAAAGAACAUCAAAGACACUGUACCAAAGUCCAUCAUGCAUUUCUUGGUCAACCAAUCGAAAGAGCAAAUUCAAAACGAACUCGUUGGUGCCCUCUACAGAGAAGAAUAUUUCGAUGAACUCCUCGAAGAGUCCCCACAAAUCUCUUCAAAGAGAAAAUCAUGCAAAGCAAUGAUCGAUGUAUUAAGAAAAGCCAACGAAAUCAUCAACGAAAUCAGAGACUUUAGCAUUUCAAAAUAA